AUGGACGAAGUUAAUAGCACAGAAAGUUCACAAGAAGUGUCAAAUGCUGAAUCCCCUCUUUGGCAGUAUGUGACUAAAGUAGAAAAACCAGCUGGUGCAUCUGUGAAAUCUGGUGGAAACACAUAUUUUAAGUGCAACUAUUGUGAUAUAGUUUUUAUGGGAUCCUAUUCUAGGGUUAAGGCUCAUUUAUUACAAAUUUCUGGCAAAGGUAUUAGAGCAUGCCGUAAUGUGUCAAAGAGCCAUAGGUUGGAAAUGCAGCGAAUGCAUGAUCAAGUUGAGGCUAAUAAGUUAGAGCAAGAACAGAGAAGUCAUAUUCCCUUACCCCCACCUCCCCCAGGCCGUGGGAUACCUAUUUCCCCAUUUCAGAGACAAGAAGGGAGUGAUAGUAGUCAUAGUACAAAUCCGGUUGAUGCUAAGAGGAGGAAGUCCUAUGCAUUUGCUGCUACUCAUAGCAUUCCGGGUUAUCUUCCUCCUGAAUACAAUGCUUUGAGAACAACACUUUUGCAAAAGGAACGAGCUCAUGUUGAAAGACUCUUGAAACCAAUUAAGGACUCUUGGCUUGAAAAUGGUGUAAGUAUAGUUUCUGAUGGAUGGUCAGAUCCACAAAGGAGGCCUCUUAUUAAUAUUAUGGCUGUAUCAGAUGGGGGUCCAGUGUUUAUAAAAGCAAUUGAUGGGUCAGGUGAGUUCAAAGAUAAGCAUUACAUUGCUGGGGUGUUGAAGGAUGCUAUAAAAGAGAUUGGACAUGAAAAAGUUGUCCAAGUCAUCACUGAUAAUGCAAAUGUGAUGAAAGCUGCUGGAGCUCUUAUUGAGGGUGAGUAUCCUAAAAUAUUUUGGACACCUUGUGUUGUCCACACUCUUAAUCUAGCUUUGAAGAAUAUUUGUGCAGCAAAAACCACUGAAAAGAAUGAAGUUACAUAUGAGGAAUGUAGUUGGAUUACACGUGUUGCUGAUGAUGCAUCCUUCAUACGUGUUUUUAUCAUGAACCAUUCUAUGAGGUUGCCAAUGUUUAAUGAAUUUUUUCCAUUAAAAUUGCUCCAAGUUGCUGAUACUAGAUUUGCUUCGGUGGUUGUAACGUUGAAAAGAUUGAAGUUGAUAAAAAGAUGCCUUCAAGCCAUGGCUAUUAGUGACCAAUGGGCUUCUUAUAGGGAGGAUGACAUUGGAAAAGCUCAAAAGGUGAAAGAUAUGAUUCUAAGUGAUCUUUGGUGGGAUAAUAUUGAUUAUAUCCUUGAAUUCACGGCACCCAUUUAUGAUAUGCUACGAAUAGCCGACACAGAUAAGCCUUGUCUUCAUCUUGUGUAUGAGAUGUGGGAUUCCAUGAUAGAGAAGGUGAAAGCAGUGAUAUAUCGGCAUGAAGGCUUGGAAGAGGAUCAAUAUAGCUCUUUUUGGGGUGUGGUGUAUGAUAUACUCAUUGAUCGGUGGACUAAAAAUUCUACACCACUACAUUGCUUGGCUUAUUCCUUAAAUCCUAAGUAUUACUCCAUUGAAUGA